UCAUUUAGCAGCCAUGUCAAUUGAAUACACCCUUGACAUCCAGCUUACUGAGAUGGGAUUUCCAGACAUCGUUCAACCACAAGAAGCCUCAGUCGCAGAGACCCCUCCAAACUGUUCACCAUCUAAUGAUUCUUCGCUAAAUAGCACGUCCCAAAAGUCGGUUUCACAUCAACAAACACGGAAGCAGCCACCAAGGGCAAAGAAAGCGUAUGCAAAGAAAACAAAAGGUGCAACAGAGGAAAUGGAAGAGGACUCAGAUGACAGCGAUGUUUCAUAUGUGGAAGACGAAGUUGAGGAUGAUGAUGACUUUUGUGAGGAGGAAGAAGAAGAGGAGGAGGGGAGCGAUGAAGCAGAUGGAAGCUUCCAAUGUAAUGUCUGCAACCUCCAGUUCACUACAAACUUUAAACUCCAGGAUCAUAUGAACCUGCACACAGGAGCACGGCCCUACUCCUGUGCUGAAUGUGGGAAACGCUUCUCCCAGAUUCGGAAUUAUCGUGACCACCUUCGUGCACACGCCAGACACAAAGCCAAGCCCAGGUGUCGCAUUUGUCUAAAGAGCUUUGUGAAUGAGGCAGAUUUAAAAUACCACUUGUCUCUGAAUCAUUUUGAAGAUAAGUUUUAUGAAUGCGACAGAUGCAAACGCGUCUUUACCAACGUGGAGUCUUGUCAACACCAUAUAGAGUUCACAUGCAUGCGUAAAGUUAAGUGUGAAAAAUGUGGCCGCUUUUUUCCAAAAGAGAAACUACUUAGACGGCAUUUGGAGAGUAAAACAUGCUAUGCUAAAUUGAAAUGCGCAGAUUGUCCAAAGAUUUUUACCAAGAAAAAUGCCCUGCUUAAGCACAGUUUCUCUCACUUGGGCCUAUUGCCUUAUACUUGUGUCAGGUGCAGGUGUCACUUCCGGCUUGCAAGGCUGUACCUUCGGCAUCAGUGUAAGCCUCAAAGCAUUCACUGUGUGGCCUGUCUGAGAGAGUUCCUCAAUGAUCAGGACUUCCAGCAGCACAAAAAGGACACUGGUUGCUGGGGCAAUCAAGACCAUAAAGGUGAUGAGAUUCGGUGUUUGGAGUGUGGACAGAGGUUUGAGACUAAAGACGAUCUUAAAAAACAUGCCGGCGCUCAUCAGAGAGUGCUGAAGUGUGCAGAGUGUGGGAAAGGCUUCAGAUCCGCCUUGUUGUUGAUGUCUCACAUGGGAGGUCACGCUGGACAAUCCCCCUGUCUGUGCCAAAGCUGUGGACUGGGCUUUCCACACCAGCAGAGCUAUGACAGCCACCUGAAGACUUGUGGACAAGCAUCUCCACCCACAAAAUCGUCAAAAAAGAAUCAUUCAACUAAAAAGCCACAACAAACAUCAACCAGCACCGAGUCUCCGGAAGUAUCUAAAUUACCCAUACCAGCUUUAAAAAAGGCAGUUACCACCUCAAAAUCACCAUCUUGCAGUAAAGCAAACACAGGAUCAGUGGUGUCUGUACCAAGUUUUUCUGUUUCUACAGUAACAACGGCCAUGGCUCCAGAUAACAGCACUAGACCAUGUCCAACAGUUGGGGGAGCAUUGAGCAGCUCUGCCUCUCCAAGUCUACAGACGAUAGGUCAAGACAACAGUCCAACUAAUCAAAUGCAAAUACCACAAGAAGAUCCUAAUGACCCCUCUAAAGGAUGCUGGAAGCUCUCCCUUGACAAGCCCCCACCACCUGGAGUUAAUCUUCUCUUAUUUCUACCUGUCGGUCAAACUCAAAACAGUAACCUAUUGCUACCGUGUGCAGUUCCUCAGGUGGUGACAGUACCAGAGAUCCAGGUUCAAACUACUCUAGCAUUAAAUGGCAUUGUCAGGGAGACACAAGUGAAUACUGUGUUGGGAGCUACUUGUAAACAGGAGACAAACCAUGGACCUCUGGAUUUGUCAAAUAAAACAUGUCCACAGAAGCCAGACCCAGAGAGUGCUCCUACAGUUUCAAUUAAAAGCGAGGCUGAGGAAGUUAAAGUGUCUGCACCAAUAAAAAGCAGUGAGGAAAACCAAAUGAUCGACCCAGAUAAAACACACAAGAAAAUACCUUUUAAAAUAUCUGCAGAUCAAGCACCAACAUCACCCCUGGAAAUGGAUGGCUUACCUAAGAAAAAAAUAAAAAUUGAACCUGAUUGUGAUAUUAAGACAGAAUAACUUUCUACUGAAGCUUAUCCAUCUUUUAUAAUUUUCAACUUUACUUGGCAUAUUUUGAUGUAAGCAAUACAUUCCAACCAUGUUUGUUCCAAUAACUUUCCUUGAGUAUUAUGGGGCUGUACUCAAACUGACUAUGCAAUCUACAAUGUAUGACAUUUAAAUAUUCAUUAAUACUAAUUUGGUUUAAUGCACUGGAUAUGUCCCAUUCUUUAUGUAGCACUAAUGCAAUGUACUUUCUGUGUUUGUAAUCUUAAGCAAGUAAUGGGCCUAAACUUGUAUGCUGUACAGUGGAUACUAGCGAAUAGUAUUUUUGAAUUGUAUUUAGUUUACUUAUUUAUCUGGGUUUUAUUGGUAUGUGUUGACAUUGGGACUGUUUAAAUUAA